AUGAGUCAGACCACGACUGGGCGAAGGAGGCGCUCAAGUAGUAUCAUCUAUCAAGAACCUCCGGAAUCGAUAGAGCAUACAAGUGAUCAAGCUGCCCUACCCAACCUGAAUGCAAACUGGGUUAACGCAAAAGGUGCAUGGACGAUCCAUUUUGUAUUAAUCAUUGCUCUCAAGAUCUUUUACGACAUCAUUCCAGGCGUAUCGCAAGAGACUUCAUGGACCCUCACAAAUAUUAGUUAUAUGUUUGGCUCGUUUCUGAUGUUUCACUGGGUUCGAGGGGUACCUUUUGAAUUCAAUGCUGGAGCAUAUGACAACCUAAAUAUGUGGGAGCAAAUUGACAACGGAGACCAGUACACACCAGCGAAGAAGUUUCUGCUCUGUGUUCCAAUUGUUCUCUUCUUACUCAGUACUCACUAUACCCACUACGACCUGACCUACUUUAUAAUAAACUUCAUGGCAGUUCUGGGCGUCGUUAUUCCGAAGCUACCUAUUUCUCAUCGGUUGCGAAUAGCCCUAUUUUCUGAGCACCGGGAUGAUCCUUAA